AUGGAAGAUCAGCAAAUCCCAAAUUUGUCGAAUAAUGUCCCAACAAUCUACGACCCCACCUCCUCAUUGGGCACGAGAAUCACACAACUUCACCACGCCACGUCUGUUUUUGCUAUAUGGAAUGAAUCUGAGGAUAAUCCUUUUGAUGCAGCCGUAGAUCUAGAUAUAUCUAUCGAAGAAUAA